CACCUAUAUUCUUGUAUAUUUUAUUAAAUGUGAUUUUUUGACACAGCCCAAAUCAGUUGCUUUUCAAAUUCAAGUGAUAUUACUACAUUUAACGAAUUAGAACGAACCCUAUUUAAUGUUGAAAAAGAAAAAAGAUUACAAAGAAUGUACUUGAUGGUUCCAAUAUUUCGAUGUUUACAAAGGAAGCUCUUCUUAUGGGGAAUCUUAAUAUUUGCUACACUGUUAUAUACUAUUAACAUAAUUGUCAUAAUUACCGAAGACGAGGAUAUUACUUCGAACAAAGCAAAUAAAUUAUCUGAUAAUUUACAAGAAAUUAAUUAUCUUAUAAAUACUUCCAACUGUCGCAUUCCAGAAGACGAUCCAUUUAACGAUGAAAUAAUUGUAUUUCUUGAAAAUGAAGUAACCUUGACGUGCUCGAAAUAUGAUCUUCUUACUUAUAUUGAUAAGACAAACGGAGCUGUUACCUUAAACAUCAACAAAUCUCUUUUGGGAGUAUAUAGUAGCUUGCCAGUCCAAUGUUGUUACUCGUAUAUCAAGAGAAUUAGUUAUGAAAUCGAUGACGACAACGAAAUUGAGUUUACGGAUUGUAUAGUUUUCGAAGAUACAGUCAACCUCACAUUUCCCUAUAUACGAGUAAAUUGUUACAACUUUUUAACUUCCGUUUAUACCAACGUGCACGCUACAACAUUACCACUUGUGAAAGAAACAAAUACAUCUCCAAACAAAAACAAGUUUAGCGUAUUACUUGUAGGUAUAGACAGUAUGUCAAAAUCUAAUAUUAGAAGAACUAUGCCAAGAACGUACCAAUUUGCAGAAGAACAUUUUUUUAAACUAAGAGGAUACAAUAAAAUUGGACUCAACACAUUUCCGAACUUGAUGGCUAUACUUACUGGUUAUAAUUGUGACCAGUUAGAUCAAAUUUGUAAUAAUUCUGUAAGGCUAAAUACUUGUCACUUUAUUUGGGAUCACUUCAGAGAAUCUAAAUAUGUUACAGCGUUCGCAGAAGAUGAAUGUAUUCUUAGUACGUUUAAUUAUCAUCGCCCUGGUUUCUCAGUAGAACCUACAGACUUCUACUAUCGUCCUUACUUUUUAGCAUCAGAAACUCUAAAAGUCCAAAAAUUCAAAUCAAUGACCUUCUGUGCCGGACCUGAAAUAUCUGGCCAGAGAAUUUUAAACGCUGCUAAAGAUUUCGCUAUUAGCUUCAAAGAUGAACCUAGUUUUGGCUUAUUUUGGACUAAUUCAUUCAGCCAUGACGAUAUUAAUAUGGCAGCUGCCAUGGAUGUACCUACUUUCAAGUUUUUAAGUGAUCCCCAUUUCAUGUCUGCAUUAGACAAUACAAUAUUUAUAUUUUUCAGUGAUCAUGGAUUUCGGUUUGGUGAUAUUAGAUUUACCCAUUCUGGUUGGUUGGAAGAAAGGCUUCCUUUUAUAUAUAUACGUUUACCUAAGAAAUUUGAAAAACUAUAUCCUGAUAAAUAUAAGAAUUUUUUAACCAAUAUUGAAAGAUUAACAGUUCCCUAUGAUUUGUUCUACACUUUUCAAGAUAUUUUAGAAAUGGGAGAUAGUAAUUACAAAAAAUAUAUUGGUAAAGGUUGUCCAGAGUGUUUGUCUAUAUUUUCUGAAGUACCAGAAAAUCGAUCCUGUGAGGAUGCUCAUAUAGACUCACAUUGGUGUACUUGUGAAAAGCAUACCUAUAUUGACCCAAAUGAUCACAAUGUUCGUUUAAUAGGACAAUUUAUACUGGGCACAGUCAAUAAACGAAUUAAGCAUAAAGCAGUAGGGAGUUUAUGUUCAACAUAUUCAUUGCGCAGAGUACGCUCAGCAGGAAUUUCCAAACCUUACGUCAAUCAUCAAAAUGAAACUGUGAAUCAUUAUUUGCUCACGAUAGAAACUAAUCCAACAGCAAUGUUUGAAGCUACCGUUGAAGCAUCCUUUAAGAAUGGAAAACAUUAUUUUCAGCUCUUAGGAGGUAUGGGGAGAGUAGAUAUGUACAGAAAAGUUACAUGGUGUAUCGAUGAUAAUGACAUUAAACCAUAUUGUUAUUGUACUACUACUUCUCUGUUUGGUUAUUUAAAAAAUAUCAUAUAUAAACUGUUGCCCUUCAUUUGACGACAUUUCAAUAUUUUUAAGAAUGGCUUCCAUUUGUGGUUAGUAGGUACGAUAGUACAUAAAGAUAAAUCACAACUGCUCAUAUACCAGCAGAUUCUAAAAACUGUACACAUGUCUUACAGCUCUGGGACUACAAUAGAACAAACAAUUCAAAAUUUUCAAAACAAAGUAUUUCGGAACAUUGUGGGUGCUCUAUUUUAUAUCCGAAACACAAAUCUGCAUAAAGACCUUAACAUGGUAAGAGAAGAAAUCAAGAGAAUUGCUUAAAAGCACGAAGCGAUGCAAAAGCAGACAAAUACUCUAGCUACUCAAUCAACAUGACGUAAAAAGAAGACUGGAUAGCACAAAACCUUUGCAGAAAGUGUUUUAGGCUUUUAGGCAUAACACAGUGUUAAGAAAAAGCUCACAGCCAUGACGUGAAUCCCACUGAUGGGUGACAUCUUAGUAUUAGGCAUUUUUUAGUUAGAAAAAGAGGUUGAAUGGUGUGUACACACUAGGCAAUAAGAAAUAAAGCGAGAAGGGAUUUAAAGUGUGUAAUUAUUCGUCAAAAAAACUUUAAAAGAAACUUCAAGAAACUAAAGUAAAUUAAUAAGGGACAGCCACUACUGACCAGUCCCAAGUCUCCACCAUAGCUUGCAGCUUAAAUAAUUCAAAAUCCAAACCGAAAUUUGGUAACUGACCCAGUGCAAAAUGUAAGACCAGCUGGUAAGUUUUUAACAAAGUGGAGGUUCAUCCGUCCAUGCAGAACUAAACCAUGCUGAUAAGAAGAACGAGGAACUGCUAAUCUUCCACUUGAAGGCAGAAAGGGUUAGCCAAUUAAUUUCAUGAGGAGAUGGCAAGUUGGAAUACAAAAAAUUACGCAGGCAAACCAGCUUUUUC